AUGGCAGAAGACGACUUGCCAGGUGUUUUGAUUCUGGAUGUAGGAGGAAUUCAUGGUGUGCUAGAAGACCUUGCAGCACUUCUGAAGAAACACUUUCGCCUUGUCACCAUGAAGGAAUUCCUUGAAAACAAAAAAGAAAUGAGAAAAAAAAUCCAAGCUGUUUUUGUGUUUGAGUGUAGACCAACUAUUGACCGGGAGCUUCUAGAAAGCCUGCCCAAUGUAAAGGUGAUUGGAAACUCUGGAGUUGGGGUUGAUCACUUAGACUUGAAAAUGAUUGCUAACUUUGGUGUGAAAGUGACCAACACCCCACACGCCGUGGCAGACUCAACAGCAGACAUGGGAAUGGCCUUGAUGCUGGCCUCUGCCAGGAGACUAGUGGAAGGCUGCCAGAUUGCAGUUUCUCCAGACACAAAGAAUUUUGCUGUUGACUGGCUGGGAGUGGAAGUAACCAGAGCAACACUUGGGAUCAUCGGGAUGGGCAACAUUGGAUACAAAGUGGCUCAGAGAGCCAGAGCCUUUGACAUGAGGAUCCUGUACCAUAACAGGAACCAGAGAAGAAAGGAGGAGGAGGACACAGUUGGUGCCUGCUACUGUGAGAAGAUGGAAGACUUGCUGAAGCAAUCUGACUUUGUUAUGUUGGUUGUGAACCUGACUUCUGAGACUCAGAAACUGAUUGGGAAAAAGGAGCUGGGACUGAUGAAACCCACAGCGACUCUUAUAAACAUCAGCCGAGGUGCAGUUAUUGAUCAAGAUGCAUUGGUAGAAGCUCUCCAGAAUAAGGUUAUUAGGGCUGCUGCCCUGGAUGUGACAUAUCCUGAGCCUCUGCCAAGAGCUCAUCCUUUAUUAAAAUUAAAUAACAUCAUCAUAACCCCCCACAUUGGAACUGCAACAGUCCAAGCUAUCCGUAUGAUGGCAGAAGAAGCAAUAGUAAAUAUGCUGGCUGUUCUCAAUGGCCAGCCCAUUCCAAGUGAAGUGUUUCCCAAGUGAUGUAUGCCAGAUGAUACCACUAAAUCUCACAUGAAUGGGGAAAGCACUAUUUCUUACA